AUGAAACACCAUCUCGAUCGUAUUCUCGGCCAUGUCCAAACCCCGGAGAAACUCCGUCACCAUCAUCAUCACCACCAGCAGCAACCCCCAAUCAUACAAGUGCCACCCGUUAUUGCUCAACAUCCGCCGCAGGGCGUCCCCACGCUGCCUGACUCGCAUAAUGUCUUCGCCCACUUCAUCAUUGGCAAUGCGUAUUACAUGACGUCAGAUCAGUGGGAGUCGGACAUUGUAGAGGCGCAGAAAGCCCACAUUGAUGGGUUUGCAUUGAACGUUGCACCGCAAGACCAUCACACCGAUGGAGCCCUUCAAAAAGCAUAUGACGCUGCUGAAAAGAUUGGAAAUUUUUCCCUAUUCAUUUCGUUUGACUACCUGUCAGGUGGACCCUGGCCGGCAGAUCGAGUUAUCACUAUCGUCAAUUCUUAUAAGAAUCGAAAGGCGCAGUUCUACUACAAGGGGAAGCCACUGGUAUCGACAUUUGAAGGUGUCGACAAAACGGGUGACUGGCCGAAUAUCAAGGCCGCUACAGGUUGUUUAUUCAUCCCUUGCUGGACGAGUAAGGGACCAGCCGGUAUACGCGGUGUUUUAAAUGAAAUCGAUGGUGCUUUUAGCUGGGAUGCUUGGCCAGUUGGUGCAGAAGACAUGAAGGUGACAAACGAUCUGGAGUGGAUGAAAGCCCUUUCAGGGAAGCCAUAUAUGAUGCCCGUCGCUCCCUGGUUCUACACGAAUCUCCCGCGGUGGAGAAAGAAUUGGCUUUGGCGUGGAGAUGAUCUAUGGCACUAUCGUUGGAAACAGGUCAUUGAAUUGCAACCGCCUCUUGUCCAGAUCUUGAGUUGGAAUGACUAUGGAGAGACGCAUUACAUCGGCCCAAUCUACAAGGCUGGAGUGCCUGAAGGGGCUUCGCGAUACGUCGCUAAUCACCCUCAUGAUGCAUGGCGAACUUUUCUGCCUCAUUAUAUCGACGGGUACAGACGGAACAUCGCGAACCACCACAGUAACCCAGCCAGCACUUCCCUCCAUCAGAAGUACCCCAUAUCCUAUGCAGACAAGAUUGUGUACUGGUAUCGAUUGAACCCUGGGCAGUCGGGUAGCGCCGACGGCACAACCGGUAACAACCCCGGCAUUGGUCAGCCAGAAAUGAAACCCCAUGAACUCUCUCAGGACAAGGUGUUCGUUAGCGCAUUCGUCACUGAGCCUAGCGAGGUCCAUGUCCAAAUUGGAUCAGGUCCACAUUCUGUACUUGAUGCCGUACCUGGCGUCAAUCAUGGAUCUUUCUCCUUCAAGGGGCAGACAGGACCUGUCAGAAUCUCUAUCGUGCGAGGUAACCGGGAGGUUGUAACAACCACGGGCCCAGCAAUUACUGAGGAAUGUGCGGGUGGCGUUGUAGACUGGAAUGCCUCCAGCUCAGCUGCUCCCUCCUCCUUCAUCCCUCUUCAAAGCCCUCCCAUACUCCUUGCUCCCUCCUUUCCCUUGCUUCCUGAGCCCUCCCCAGCCACCAUUGCGACCCCAGUGGCGAGGACUGGCCCCGUCGCCCCGGAGGAUUACACGAAACCAUACUGCGAAUUUAUGACAGCAAAUCCGACGAUCUUUCAUGCAGUUGACGGUUUUACCAAGCAGCUCGAAAGCCAGGGAUACAAGCGCCUUCCCGAGCGCGAGACCUGGAACUCCAAGCUAGAGAAGGGUGGGAAGUACUACGUCACUCGAAAUGGUAGUGCUUUCAUCUCAUUCUCAAUUGGAAGAGAUUAUAAAAGUGGCAAUGGAAUGGCCAUUGUUGCAGGUCAUAUUGAUGCACUCACCGCGAAAUUGAAGCCCGUGUCCAAACUGCCUAACAAGGCUGGCUUUCGUCAACUCGGAGUCGCGCCCUACGCAGGCGCUCUGAGUGACACAUGGUGGGAUCGCGAUCUCUCAAUCGGUGGCCGUGUUUUGGUCCAAGACUGCAAUACCGGGAGAGUUGAGUCCAAAUUAGUCAAAUUGGACUGGCCCAUUGCUCGGAUCCCAACCCUGGCACCACAUUUCGGAGCUCCCUCGCAAGGCCCCUUCAACAAAGAGACUCAAAUGGUGCCUAUCAUUGGCGUUGACAAUUCCGAUCUUUUCCAGCAGCAAGUCUUAUCCAAGACGGACCAGGGUAGCGGGAUCAAGCCCGGUACGUUUGCAGCCACGCAACCAGAAAAGCUUGUCAAAGUCAUAUCCAAGGAACUUGGUAUCACAGACUUCAACUCGAUUAUCAGCUGGGAGCUGGAGCUGUAUGACAGUCAACCAGCACAAGUUGGUGGUCUGGACAAGGACCUGAUUUUUGCUGGUCGCAUUGACGAUAAGCUCUGCUGUUAUGCCGCCCAGGAAGCUCUGCUUGCCUCUCCCGACAGUACUUCAACUAGCUCUAUCAAGAUGGUCGGUAUGUUUGACGACGAGGAAAUUGGGAGCCUGCUUCGCCAGGGAGCGCGAUCCAACUUCAUGAGCAGCGUCAUAGAACGUAUUACGGAGGCCUUUUCGCCCAAUUACGGUCCCAACGUGCUGUCUCAAACUGUGGCGAACAGCUUCUUCGUGUCUUCGGACGUCAUUCAUGCGGUCAACCCGAACUUCCUUAAUGUCUACCUUGAGAACCAUGCUCCCCGUCUGAACGUCGGCGUGGCCGUCUCGGCCGAUUCUAACGGUCAUAUGACAACAGACAGUGUGAGCUACGGGUUCAUCAAACGUGUCGCUAAUCGUUGUGGCUCGACCUUGCAGGUCUUCCAGAUCCGUAAUGACUCCCGUAGUGGCGGGACUAUUGGACCCAUGACCAGUUCUCGCAUUGGCAUGAGGGCCAUUGAUGUAGGAAUCCCGCAGUUGAGUAUGCACAGUAUCCGUGCGACUACCGGUAGCUUGGAUCCGGGAUUAGGUGUGAAGCUGUUCAAGGGCUUUUUCGACUAUUUCGAGGAGGUGGACAAGGAAUUCGCAGAUUUCUGA